AUGGUUGGCGAACCGUUGGUAUCGAUCGGUAAUCCAAAUCUCAGGAAUAGCUCAACAGUGAGUCGUGUCGACGGCAUCGAUAGGCCUAUGAUUGAAGACAUCAUUUCAGAGCGUGUUUUGGUUCACUCACCCAAUUGUAUCGGCGGAUACUCUGGCGGUCCGGCCGUCGAUGGCAACGGCGAUGUCGUGGCCAUCAAUUUCUUCAGAUUUAAAGACCACACUCUUGCGAUGCCGUCCGCCGAAGCCAUAGAAAUAGUAGAAAAAGCAAAGGAUUUUAUGGUCAAGAAUUCCAGAAAGCGGUUCUCAAUGACAAACAGGCGAUCGUUGGGAGUAAUACUCGAGCGAAGGAAAGAGGGGUUUGUUGUCAUAGUGUCCGAAGCCAAGAAAGCACAUGAAUUGCAGCGAAUUGACCAAUACUUUGAACGGGAGGAGAAUAUAGAACCCUAUGAGAAUCAGGCCGAUGGACACGAAUCCGAUCCCAAGUCGAAAGGGUUUACUGUGAAAUCCAGUAAUAAGUCAAAUGUGAAAAACAAAUCGACUUCUCCGUCAAACCCAUUCAUAUCGAAACCUCCAAAACCAUAUGUUUCAAAUCCAAUGGCGUCCAUAGCUGUGAUCUCUGGCCACUAUUGGCGCCGACGAAACGUUGGCCAAAAUGAGUCAAACGAGUGGACAAACGCCCGAUUGCGGCCGGAGUUGACACUAAAGAACGCUAGUUUGAACGGUACGGAUGUGCGCGACCACUUCCAGCAAUGGCAUCGAUCGGUUGUGUCUAUAAUGGAUUCAAGAAACAAAACCCAGAUCAACGGCAGUGGGUUUGUAGUGGAGAGGGGCCGGUAUGUGGUGACCACAGCGCUGGCUGUUUGUGGCUACAAUUUAGUGAUGGUCCGUUUGUCUACUGGCGUUUGUACACACCGUGUGUGGCCGAGCGUAGCGGUCAACCCUAACAACUACACCACAGUCAUCGAGGGUAAAGUGGUUUACAGGGAUCCGAUGGUGGGUCUGGCGCUCAUCAAAUUCAUCGAUAUUAACGCUGAUGCUGUGCCGCCGUUGCCAGUGCUCGGUCCCGAUUUGCACACUGUGUCCGGCCAACGGGUUGUGGUGUUGGGAAUGCCCGACCAAAAGCGUGGUUACGUCACCGGCGCCAUCAGCUGCCCGAACGCGUCAUUCUAUGCGCUCAAUCCGGACCGUCAGUUUAUCGACCAUAAUAUCGAAUCGGCGCCCGACUAUAACGGCGGUCCAGUGCUCGACAUGAAUGGACAAGUGGUGGGAGUUCUGCUGACUUCUAGCAUUUUCAUUGUAAAAACAGCGGACCUACGAGACUUUAUCCAAAAGGGUUUGGCGUACGAAACGCAAGACCGGCGAAACCGGUACUCAUUUGAGGGCAAGAAUCAGUCGGGAGUAGUGUUGAGGAUCUCCGACACUGGUAUACGUGUUGUAAGUACUAAACUUCGAGUCAAUGACCAAAUAACACACAUCAAUGGCAUCCCUCUCCUGACAAUAGCCCAACUGACCGGUGCUCUCGACGGUCUGGCAUCGGGUGCUGGCCUUCCCCUUACUGUGUUACAAGUGGGACAGCCCGACCCCAUUCAGGUGGAGGUCCGGCCCCGACCUCUCAAUUUCUCUAUGAUUUAA